UCUGCCUGACUGAAAGAGGAGGGUUUGGUCGCUUGGGAUUCUCCCGGGACAGGGGACUGUAUUUUGAGGGUAAAAUCGGUUGCCCAGCAGUGCAGGGCAGGCGGUGGUGAACUGCAGCCCUAAUUCCCAGAUUUUUUCAUGCUUGGCACAUCCAAGCUCCUCGGCCCCCAGGACCAGCAGACUCGCCAUCUGCGGCUCGGAUUCGGGCCGGAGCAGGCGGGCAAGGUGGGUGGGGGGCGUGCACUGCAGCGCUCACCCUGAGGUUUCAGGGUGUGCAGCGCCCGGAGGGCGAGAGGAGGCGGAGCUUGCGCUGCGGACCUAGGCGUUGGCGAGAGCCACGCCCCCAGCCGCAGACCCUGCCUCCAGGCCCCUUUGAUUGGAUCAAGCCGCGGAAGGGCCGGGCGUCCUGGGGUGGCCAAGAGGGUCGGGCAAGGGAGGGCGCGCUGAUUGGCCCGGCGGGGAUUAAGUCAUCGCUAGCAGGUUCGAGUGGCCCAGACGCCGGCGGGGCGGCCGAGGCUUCUGUGAGAGGGCGCUCGAGGCUGCCGAGAGGUAGCUAGCGAAGGAGUCGGGGAGGCGGCGUCUGCACUCGCUCGCCCGCUCGCUCGCUCGCUUCCCGGCGCCGCUGCGGGUCCGCGCUGCAUUUCCUGCUCGCGAGCCGUUCCAUCGCGCGCUCCCGGAGCAGCCGCCCCUCGUCCGGGUCCCGGGUGGGUUCGGGAGUUGUGCUAGCCGGCUACACCGCGUUGGGGGCGAGCCGGCGCCACACCUGUGGAGCCGGCGGCAGUCGGGGGAGCCGGCCGGGGUCCCGCCGCGUGCGUGCUUUGGGCGGCGGGAGGCCGGGACCCCGGAGGAGGCGCGCCCUCCGGCUGGGCGCCGCGGGCACCAUGGGGCUCCCAGCGCUGGAGUUCAGCGACUGCUGCCUCGAUAGCCCGCACUUCCGAGAGACGCUCAAGUCCCACGAAGCAGAGCUGGACAAGACCAACAAAUUCAUCAAGGAGCUCAUUAAGGACGGGAAGUCACUCAUCAGCGCGCUCAAGAAUUUGUCUUCAGCGAAGCGGAAGUUUGCAGAUUCCUUAAAUGAAUUCAAAUUUCAGUGCAUAGGAGAUGCAGAAACAGAUGACGAGAUGUGUAUAGCAAGGUCCUUGCAGGAGUUUGCCACUGUCCUCAGGAAUCUUGAAGAUGAACGGAUACGGAUGAUUGAGAAUGCCAGCGAGGUGCUUAUCACUCCCUUGGAGAAGUUUCGAAAGGAGCAGAUCGGGGCUGCCAAGGUGAGAAUUUUGCAAGCUUUGGUCUUGGAUUUAGACUUGGGUGUUACCGUAGUUACCAAGGAGGUGAGACAAGAGUCUGAGUGGGCUCCCUUUGGGCUGGUACCAGUGAUCUUAAUGACAGGAAGAGGUACUGUCCCACCAAGGCUUCAUAGGUACCCUCACUGCCGCUGCCCGCCCCCGCCCCCGCCCCCAACCCCUGACCGCCUUCGGGCCUUGAAUAUCCUUAAGUAUGACAAAGAGACAGAGAAGUAUUGUGGCAUCUUAGAAAAGCACUUGAAUUUGUCUUCCAAAAAGAAAGAAUCUCAGCUUCAGGAGGCGGACAGCCAAGUGGACCUGGUCCGGCAGCAUUUCUAUGAAGUAUCCCUGGAAUAUGUCUUCAAGGUGCAGGAAGUCCAAGAAAGAAAGAUGUUUGAGUUUGUGGAGCCCCUGUUGGCCUUCCUGCAAGGACUCUUCACUUUCUAUCACCAUGGUUAUGAACUGGCCAAGGAUUUCGGCGACUUCAAGACACAGUUAACCAUUAGCAUACAGAACACAAGAAAUCGCUUUGAAGGCACUAGAUCAGAAGUGGAAUCACUGAUGAAAAAGAUGAAGGAGAAUCCCCUUGAGCACAAGACCAUCAGUCCCUACACCAUGGAGGGAUAUCUCUACGUGCAGGAGAAACGCCACUUUGGAACUUCUUGGGUGAAGCACUACUGUACAUAUCAACGGGAUUCCAAACAAAUCACCAUGGUACCAUUUGACCAAAAGUCAGGAGGAAAAGGGGGAGAAGAUGAAUCAGUUACCCUCAAAUCCUGCACACGACGGAAAACAGACUCCAUUGAGAAGAGGUUUUGCUUUGAUGUGGAAGCAGUAGACAGGCCAGGGGUUAUCACCAUGCAAGCAUUGUCGGAAGAGGACCGGAGGCUCUGGAUGGAAGCCAUGGAUGGCCGGGAACCUGUCUACAACUCGAACAAAGACAGCCAGAGUGAAGGGACUGCGCAGUUGGACAGCAUUGGUUUCAGCAUAAUCAGGAAAUGCAUCCAUGCUGUGGAAACCAGAGGGAUCAACGAGCAAGGGCUGUACCGAAUUGUGGGGGUCAACUCCAGAGUGCAGAAGUUGCUUAGUGUCCUGAUGGACCCCAAGACUGCUUCUGAGACGGAAACAGAUAUCUGUGCUGAAUGGGAGAUAAAGACCAUCACUAGUGCUCUGAAGACCUACCUAAGAAUGCUUCCCGGACCACUCAUGAUGUACCAGUUUCAAAGAAGUUUCAUCAAAGCAGCAAAACUAGAGAACCAGGAGUCUCGGGUCUCUGAAAUCCACAGCCUUGUUCAUCGGCUCCCAGAGAAAAAUCGGCAGAUGUUACAGCUGCUCAUGAACCACUUGGCAAAUGUUGCUAACAACCACAAGCAGAAUUUGAUGACGGUGGCAAACCUUGGUGUCGUGUUUGGACCCACUCUGCUGAGGCCUCAGGAAGAAACAGUAGCAGCCAUUAUGGACAUCAAAUUUCAGAACAUUGUCAUUGAGAUCCUAAUAGAAAACCAUGAAAAGAUAUUUAACACUGUGCCCGAUAUGCCUCUCACCAAUGCCCAGCUGCACCUGUCUCGGAAGAAGAGCAGCGACUCCAAGCCCCCGUCCUGCAGCGAGAGGCCCCUCACACUCUUCCAUACCGUGCAGUCAACGGAGAAACAGGAACAAAGGAACAGCAUCAUCAACUCCAGUUUGGAAUCUGUCUCAUCAAAUCCAAACAGCAUCCUUAAUUCCAGCAGCAGCUUGCAGCCCAACAUGAACUCCAGUGACCCAGACCUGAAUGUGGUCAAACCCACCCGGCCCAACUCACUCCCCCCGAAUCCAAGCCCAACUUCACCCCUCUCGCCAUCUUGGCCCAUGUUCUCGGCGCCAUCCAGCCCUAUGCCCACCUCAUCCACGUCCAGCGACUCAUCCCCCGUCAGGUCUGUUGCAGGGUUUGUUUGGUUUUCUGUUGCUGCCGUUGUUCUCUCAUUGGCUUGGUCCUCUCUUCAUGCAGUGUUCAGCCUCCUCGUCAACUUUGUUCCCUGCCAUCCAAACCUGCACUUGCUUUUUGACAGGCCAGAAGAAGCGAUUCAUGAAGACUCCAGCACACCAUUCCGGAAGGCAAAAGCCUUGUAUGCCUGCAAAGCUGAACAUGACUCAGAACUUUCGUUCACAGCAGGCACGGUCUUCGAUAAUGUUCACCCGUCUCAGGAGCCUGGCUGGUUGGAGGGGACUCUGAAUGGAAAGACUGGCCUCAUCCCUGAGAACUACGUGGAGUUCCUCUAACCGUGGGCCCCAGCAGAACUGCUGAGCUUUACAUGGUAUCCAUGACAACUGCUGAUUCCAGUGUCAUAGGCCAUUUCUCUUUGCCACCGAGAAAUGCAGCGUGACUGACUCUGUUGCUACCUGUCAACAUGAAUGUUUCUGUGAGCUCUGGUGUCACUCAUCUCCAUGAUCAUCUCAGCCAAUACUCAUCAAUACUGCAAGAAACAGAAGUCAAUCAGCAGAGGCCAUCUGAUUUUGAUAACUGAGAGAAAGACUUGCAAAGCCGUUUUCUCAUGAGUAUCCUAAAUAGGGGGCACUCAUUUUGUUUCAGGAGUCCGAACACCCAGCCUUCGGAAAGAGGAAGUCAGAUAGCAGUACCCCAGAACACACUGCGUAGUUAAGUCUGAUGGGGCUGGGUAAAGAAAUUGGCGCUGAGAUCCAGGCUGGAUCAUUGCUUCCGUUUACAGUAGGCACUCUCUCUACUCCACCUCUCAGUACUUGAGAUCUAUAGUGCUACAGGCAGCUAGGUCUGUUUGCAUGCAGGAUGAAGAGGGUUAAAGCACUGUUUAUAUAAGAUUCAAUCUCUCACCAUCUCUAAAGCAGCCGUUGGCUGUCAUCAGCAAGAUUCAGUCCAGUGUUCUCAUGCACAAGAAUACACACACCCUGCGUUUCUCCCUCCCAGGCUAGGAACCUCUCUGCCACCAAGGCUGCUAUCCAUCACCUAGUAACCACAGCAACCCAACCUACUCUAAAACCAAGCCAAAAAAAAAAAAAACACAUCCUCUUUGCAUGACACAUUUUUUUUUUCCCCUCACCUUUUUGGUAUACUUUUUUGAAUGGUUUCCUAACAACUAGAAGCAAAAGAUCAAGGAAUUAGGGUGGUCUGCUUGAGGCAGACGGGAUAAUAGCUGGGACUCUUCCCUGUCUGAUGAAUUUCAGCAGCAUCAGGAUAUAUUUGGAGCACACUCUAGUAACCUCUUGAGAUUGAAUUACAUAGUCUUAAUAUUUCUGUUCCUUCAUGCAACAGACAUUUGCUUUCUAAAGGGUAAGAUGCUGCCUCCCCAUGGGUGAUGUCAUCUGACUGGUUCCCCCAUGUCCUCCCAUUCACCCAUCCCUGCUCCCACCCUUGCCUGCCUCUAACCCACCCCUGGCCCGCCCCCUUGCCUUGCUCUGUGCUCCUGAACACUGGUGCUGUAGUGGUUUUCAAGGAUGAUUCCUAGGCUAACCUUAUGGCCUGUAGCUUAAAAUGACAUCUAUGUUCACUGCCAUUCAGAAAAAGGGAAUUGUUUCUCAGUCUUUCAAGGCAUGAGACUAAUGUUGGUUAUUGUGAUUCAGGAAGAAACCAAAGAUUGGAGGGUGGGAUGGGUACCCUUUGAAUAAGGGAAUUUUCUGAUGAAAAGAGGCUGGGUCUUAUGAAGACUGCCUUGAAUGGGGAAGUUCUGCCUGGACAUUUCAAAUUCACUUGGCCUUCAAACAGCGGACUCAUCCAUAUCUCCCACAUGUGAACAUCAUUGCAAGGGUGACUCUAGACAGACCACAAACUGAUGGACCCUCAGGCUCCCCAGGAGCCCCUUGGAUGGCAGUGUUGCUUCAGAGUGUUUCCUGUUUCUGGAAUUCCUUGUUAGGGAACUUUAAAGAAGAAAAGAAAAACUUGAAUUGUGUUGAAUUACUGUAUCUUUUACAUUUUUUUUUUGAAAAGAUAAACUUGUAAAUAGUGUGAUUUGAAAUACUAUAUGGCAAAGUUUUAUAUUUGAUAUUCUUUAAGCUAGUUGCUCAUACACUUAGGCUUGGAUUGCUGAACAGGUAUGUUUAAGAGGGAGAGAGAGGAGGCAAGGCUGGAGAGAGUCAAGGUUGCUGUCCCCGCUUCGGCCUGAAGGAAGGAGAGCACAUGCCCUUGCUCUCUGCUGUCCUGUUGCUGGGCAUGACUCAUCAGUGGUGUUCAGUCUUCUUUAUGUGUUUCUGAGCAUUCCUUGGGCUUUGGAUUUGGAGAUGGGAAGAGCAUCUCCAGGCAAUGAGUUUUUCAAAGAGUGCCUACUUGGUAGUAAGAGGAAGCUCAGGACUUCAAUAGGUGGGUCCAGGCAUAUGAUUUUUUGUUUUUCUUCUCAGGUGUAUUUCUUGGUACCCCCUAGAUAUCAGGACAGAAAGAGAUGAGUCAAUUGCUGUGCUCCUUACUUCUUUACUGCACGUCUUCUGAGGCUUUGGAAAUGUAGAUGAGUUCGCUUAUUUUCAGAUUUUGUGUGCAUCUGUAGGUUCUUAAAAAACCAACUUCUUAGAAUCUUUAGUUCUCAAUGUGCUGCUGCUUUCCCUUUCCCUAAACAUUUUAAACUCUUCCCUCUCACCUCCAAUUCCCUAUGAUCCUAAAAGAAGAAGAAGACUCCAGAAGGGAUGUAGAUUGUGCCAUCAGAGCUUUACAGGUGGUUUUAAAUUUAACGGGUUUGCCAUUGUGAUUCACUACUCAGUUUAUCAGCUCAAGGAUUAUACGGCUCUUUUCCAGGAAUUCACCCAGGAGCAAGUGAGACACUACCAUUGAUUCAGGGAAUAAGAAUUAAGAAUGGACAGGACCAAGUUAGAACCAAGAAGGCCAUCAGGGAAAACUCUAGAAGAAAGAGAAUAUACUAAUAGGUUAGUUAUGUGGACCUGAGGACAAGAAGACAUUGGGAAAUGGGCCCUCAGGGAAUGUGCCUCCAAGGAGAGACCAACAUAAUGCUUUUAACACAUUUGAUGGGGUUUUUUGUCUUUGUUUAUUUGUUUUUUGAGAUGGAGUCUUACUCUAUGGCCUAGGCUGGGUUGCAGUGGUGUGAUCUCAGCUCACUGCAGCCCCUACCUCCCAGGUUCAAGCGAUCCUCCUGCCUCAGCCUCCCGAGUAGUUGGGACAAUGGGCAUGAGCCAUCAUGCCCAGAUAGUUUUUUGUAUUUUUAGUAGAGAUGGGAAUUCACUGCAGCCCCUACCUCCCAGGUUCAAGCGAUCCUCCUGCCUCAGCCUCCCGAGUAGUUGGGACAAUGGGCAUGAGCCAUCAUGCCCAGAUAGUUUUUUGUAUUUUUAGUAGAGAUGGGAUUUCACUGCAUUGGCCAUGCUGAUCUUGAACUCCUGACCUCAAGGGAUCUGCCUGCCUCUGCCUCCCAAAGUGCUGGGAUUCCAGGUGUGAGCCACUGCGGCCGACCACAUGUGAUGUUUGAAGUUGUCAUCUGCCCCAUCAUAAACUUACCGGGAGCUCAUGUGGAAGAACAGGAGGCCAAAAUCCUUGCUUUGGGAGUGCCUCAUGAAGCAUUCCUGUAGACACUUGGCCCCAGCUUCACUGCUUGGAAGCAUGUCUCUCCCUCCUGAGUUGGCUCUGAUUUGAAACCGGGGGAAACAGAGCUGCUGCCAAUGGAUCUUUUAGGUAACUCCCUCCCCAGCUUCCCUGUGGCUAUAACGGUGCCCAUGACAGAUGGCUGCUCUGUUUCCCUUUGCCCAGCCAGGCUCCCCUCCUUCCUAUUAGCUACAAAACUGGAUUAUCUUCAGAAUAUGAGCCAAAGAGUAGGAAGGAACUUGAAGACGAAAAGAUUUUACUCUCUCCCCUAUCCACGCCCCCUACCUCUGACUCUCUGUGUGAAUAGGAAACAUUAGGGCAGAUUAGUAGAAUGAAUUGGUUAUCAGAGUGGAAAACCAUGGCCCAGGAUCCCUGAGCUUUCCCAGUAACCUCCAAUUUCCUCUGUAAGGCCCAGGGAUCACUUAGCCAGAGUCUGAAUGUUUUAGGAGUAUUAAGGUCAGCCUAUCUUCCUUCAGGUUACUAGCAAAAUUUCAUAGCUAAAGAAUGCCAUACCAGGAGAAGAUAGCUAGUUUCAAAUCCCUGCCCCCAGGCAAGUAAAACCCUGACUUGCUCGAGACUGAAGAUCUCUCCUGUUUUUCAAAAUAAACAUAUAUAGGGAUGGACCGUGUGCAGUGUGGCCCGCCUCUGUGUCCUAGAAUUGGAGCCAGUCUUAGGCUUAAUGUCUUAAGUAUUUCUACGGCCAAUAUGUGUUUUCUUAUGUCAGACCAAACUGUCUUUUUGAACAUUGGUUCAUUUCCUCUCACCGAGUGCUUUUUGGACAGAGAGGCAAAGAGAAAGAAUGAGCAAUCAAGCAUUGACAGACUGGCAUUAGCAGGAUGGAGCCAUACUAGUGACAAGGACAUUCCACGGCACUUGCCCAGAGCUGCAGAGUUGUGUGAGCAGUACCUGCAGCUCAAAGGGAAGGACUUCUACCCCCUGAGUUUCUAUCGCCAGAAAAUGGCAACUACUGUCUCACUAAAAGCCCUGUCUUGGCUACAGAGGCUCUGAAAGCAUUCACAGUUGAGAGGGAGGGAGACAGAAACAAGAAGCCAAAGAUAACCUGAUCCCUGCCGGUCUGUUGGCACCUGUCAUCCUCUGGCUUCUGCUCCAAAAGCAAGUCUGGAUGACUGAGUUUUGUGGACAUGACGCUCCCAGAGACAGCAGUGGCCACCAUGGCAUCCAGAGUUUGCCCAAGUACUGAAUGUUUUAUGAGCAAUCCUAUUCCACAGGUAGGUAGCCAGCACUGCAGAAACCAAACAGCCUCUUAGCUGACUUGAAAAGGAAUGACCUAGGUGUUCUGUCAAGGAAGUUAUCUAUCAUCUCUGGUAAACUUGACAAUAAUCACUUACCUCGACAACCCUGCCCCAUAUCCCUUUAUAAAGUCAGCAGGAUGUCCUUUCCCACAUCCAGUGCUGGUAUCUAAAAAAUUUAUCUUGUCUUGCUCAAAUGUAUUUGGCAGCAACACCAAUCAGCUGGGUGCUGAACCACUUCUCUGUAAUUGUAGCAUCAAAAUGACCACAGCGGCAGAGCAGUGAUCUUGCACAGUCCCAUAGCAUGCCUGCGACAAGACUCCAACAAGUAAUUAAUGUUUUUUUCUCCUGCCACCUACAGCACCUGUCUAUCUAACUAAAGAGCUUCCCAAGUAGAGGGAAAGGCCAUAGAGAGAAUCCAGGUGUCAUUAGUUAGUCCUGCUGAAAUGUGGUCUUCUGGUGGAAGCACCUGUAUUCUUGGGAGGUAAAAAUGCUGGGUUCAAAGUAACACCAGGACCAGAGAGAAAGAGAAAGGUGAACCAUCCUAAGGAGCUUUGGUUACUUUUUUAGAAGGAUAAAUACUGUUCUGACUGGUGAGAAAAACUUCACAGCUAUUAUUUUUACAAAAGUUAUGCCAGACAUUACAAAGUAAACACGUCUCAAGGUAGAAUGGUUUAGAGAGCAAAGGCUUAGCACAGUCCUGGACCCAUGUAUGGGUAGCAGUUAGAUUAUCUCAAAAUUCGCUUUAGUAUAGUCAGAACCAGAGUAUUGAUAAACAAAAUGUCAGUUACCUGGAGAGGCUAAGACAUUCUAUACUAUUCUACAUCAACCAUGUCUACAAACUUGUCCAGACACCUAAAAGCAACUUUCUUGGCUAUCCAGAUGCCAGAAUCUGUCUUGUAUCUGACAAUGUACAUCUGUUGAUUCUAAAGUACCUCUCUCUCUCUCUCUCUCUCUGUGUGUGUGUGUGUGUGUGUGUGUGUGUGUGUGUGUGUGUGUACAGCACAUAUUUACAUCUAGGAAGACACAGACACUCAUAGAGACCCACGUGAGCUGGUACUUGCUGAGCCUUUACAGCCUUUAAGACUUGGAGGUUGAGAAUUAGAGACACAAGACAGGCUGUUGAUUGCCCAUUAAAAUGGUCAAAGAUGUAAAUUCAGUGCCAUUUUAAAACUGUGUUUGUAUUUAUCAAAUGGUUACUAUCUACAGCUGUAUUCUCUGUUAACUUAUUUAAAGUCAUGUUGCAAAAAAGAUCAAACCCAUGAAUGCAUAGUACCUACGGCUAGUGCUUAAAAGCACUCUAAAGACGUUUUGUCCGUAUUUCAGAAAAGAAAAUAUUUGCAUGUUUAAUUCCUAAUUUAGGCUACCUUUGAGUAUACUGUAAAGUGCUGUGUGAUAUAUCAAUAAAGUACUUAGUAAUGGCACUUUAAUGUUGUCUUUUAAAAUAACAAAUAAUGCACUGUUCUAAACUUCAGUAUUGACUAUUGACUGGUGCAUAGAAUCCAAUGCUGUAAUUAGAAAGUAAUCUGUGACUAGAAUAGAACUUUGUCCCUGUUAGUAGCCCUGUUGCCAUGUUCAGCCUUUUAAAAAAUGUGCUUUUGUGUCACAAAAUAUAUCUAUAAAGAAAACAGAAUUUCUGUUCAGAGGCCUCUGAAACUUGUUUUUUUUACAUUUGGCUGGUGUAUGUGACAAUCCCCACGAAAUGAGUGGAUGUCUGGUUUUUGAAUUAAAUGCCUUUUCCAUUUGGUGGUA